CUCAUCAUCAUAUCAUAUAUCAGAUUCAUUCACCCUUCUCUCUCCUCUCUCUCUCUCUCUCUAAUUACCUGAUCAAGAAAAAGCAGCAAAAGGGAGAUAUGAAAAGGGAUUACACCCUUUUGUAGCUUAAAAAGGUUUGUUCAAUCUUCUGUUGCUUUAUUGCACCAUCCACCUAGCCCACCUAGCCCACCUAGCAUUCUAGCUUUUGCUGAUACAUAUCUAUCCAUCUCCUCUGUAAUAUUGUCACUUUACACCAGUGGUUCUGAAUUUCCAUCAGAACAAAAAAGCCUGAAAUCAGUUAGGAUCAGUCUCUUUUGCCCAAUUUGACUUCCAAUUUAUAUUCUCUUUCUCUCUCUCUUUUUUCUCCUUUUGGGGAUGAGAGUUUCAAUCCUCCUGAUCAGUCCCUUUUCAUCCCCCAUGUCAAUAACCACCAACGCCAAUAUUUUUUCACUCCUCACACAAAAAAAGCUGAACCCUCAAUUUUGUUUCCAUUCGUAAGUUUUGCAGAUCAAUUCUCCCAACCCUCCUGCUAUCACCAAUUUUAAGUUUCCCAAUGCCAAAAACCCAACCCACUACCAGUCUGGUCUCUUUCCUUCUGAACACCUCCUCAUAGUAACUCCAUCUUCUUCUUCUUCUUUUUCUUUUAUUUACUUUCUUUUUUCUGAAUUAAGUACCUCCCUUUCUCAAUGAUGCAAUUUACUGAGGCACCACCCCCAGCCUUGCACCAAAUUAUCACCGCACCAUUUUCCAAUCUCCCCAUGAUAAACAAGAACCAAACCCACCGCACCCGCCCCUGGCCCGGCUUCCCCACCUCCGCAAAAGCCCUCGGCACCAACUUCGGCGACGCCAAUUGCAUGGAGCAGCUGCUUGUCCACUGCGCCAACGCCAUCGAAACCAACGACGCCACGCUUGCCCAGCAGAUCCUCUGGGUCCUCAACAACAUCGCCCCGCAAGACGGCGACAGCAACCAGCGCCUCACCUGCGCCUUUCUCCGCGCCCUCAUCGCCCGCGCAGCCCGUAUCGGCAGCUGCAAGCUCCUCGCCGCCAUGGCCAACUCCCAGGCCAACUUCACCAUCCACACUCACAAGUUCUCCGUCAUCGAGCUCGCCUCCUUCAUCGACCUUACCCCCUGGCACAGGUUUGGAUUCACAGCCGCUAAUGCCGCCAUUCUUGAAGCUGUUGAAGGGUAUUCUGUCAUUCACAUUGUUGACCUCAGCUUGACCCAUUGCAUGCAAAUCCCAACUCUCGUUGACGCCAUUGCCGGUCGUCAAGAGGCUAAUGUGAGCCCUCCGCUGCUGAAGCUCACCGUGGCGGGUUCCACGGAGGACGUCCCCCCAAUGCUGGACCUCUCCUACGAGGAACUGGGUUCCAAGCUGGUAAAUUUCGCGAGGUCCAGAAAUAUAAUUUUAGAGUUUAGGGUCAUCCCGUCCAGUUAUACGGACGGGUUUGCCAACCUAAUCCAACAGCUCCGCGUGCAAAAUUUAGUGUACGCAGAGAGCGGUGAGGCGCUUGUGGUAAAUUGCCACAUGAUGCUUCACUACAUUCCUGAAGAAACAUUGACCCUUCCUUCAAUCAACUCAAAUCCAAAUUUAACUAGCUGUGGUUCGAGCAGCUCUUAUGGUUAUGAUGUAGCCUCAUCCUCUUCUACGAGUACUAGUUCGUCCCUCAGGACCAUGUUUCUGAAAGCCCUUCGAGGUUUGGAUCCAACUAUUGUGGUUUUGGUGGACGAAGACGCAGAUUUGACAUCAAAUAAUCUAGUUUGUAGAUUGAGGUCGGCCUUCAACUACCUGUGGAUACCUUAUGACACCGUGGACACGUUUCUGCCGCGAGGGAGCAAGCAGAGGCAGUGGUACGAGGCGGAUAUGUGUUGGAAGAUUGAGAACGUGAUAGCGUACGAGGGGUUCCAGAGGGUGGAGAGGGUUGAGCCGAAAUGCAGGUGGGUGCAGCGGAUGAGAAACGCCAACUUCCGAAGCGUUUCGUUUGGGGAAGAUGCGGUUUUGGAAGUGAAGGCCAUGCUUGAUGAGCAUGCAGCUGGCUGGGGGUUGAAGAGAGAGGAAGAAGAUGUUGUGCUUACAUGGAAAGGUCACAAUGUUGUGUUUGCCACUGCUUGGAUGCCUGCUUGAAAUUGACAAGUUCGAAUUUCUCUCAUGGAUGAGAUAAUGAGAUGAUCUGACAACUUAAUUAAUAUAGAAUUAAUCUUCUUUUCCUUCUUCUCUUAGCUAAUUUUAGUUAUUAAUCAUCUUCUUCUACUAGUAUUUUAAUAUAUAGUAGAUGAGAGCUUAAAUUUAUAAUUAAUGUGAGGAUGAAGGUUGGUUUGUGCCAAUAACCUAAAGACUCCCUCCCUUUCUGUCUCUGCAAACUGAUAAUUUUUUUCUUUUCUUUCUUCAGAUGAAU